AUGAAACCAGAACAAUUAAGUGAAACAUCAAAUGAAUGUUCAAGUAUGUUGGUCAUACAUGGAAGCAAUAACACCUCUUUAGAUGGUAAAAGUAAUGAAUCCAAUUCUCAUGAGCGUUUUAGUAUAUUCAGCGACGCCGCCUGUGGUGAGGUGUUGACUUCUCAACAUUUAAUAAUAGAUUUCACUCCAGUAGAAGAAAUAGAUAAUGAAUUUGUGCAAAGAAAAUGCUGUAGUUUCUGGGAAUUCAUCAAUAGCAGAAAGGAUUUACGACACUUUAUGAUGACACCGGGUGAAAGGGAAUCUAGUUCAUCUACAAGUCAAGAAAUAAUUACUGAAAUUAAAAAUGAAACGAAAAAACAAAUAAGCGAACCUACUGCAGUUUCUAUGUUAGGUUUCGUAGAGGAAAAAGGUCUCAUCGAUAGAACUUUUGAAGCGAAACUUCCCAAGUCACUCUGUUCUCUUAGCUCAAAGGAAUAUCAUGACAAUAGGUUAGGAGUGAAACAGUCAAGUCCCAAAGUGAAAACAAAGUUGAUACUUUUAUUUGAAAUUUUGUACAGUGAAAUAAUAGAAGGAAUACCAUGUUUCCGAGAUAAUAAGCAACUAGACGACCCCGUAGCCGAGAGGUUAGCACAUCGGUUUCAAGCUGUGCCGCCUUCUGUGAGGUUCCGAGUUCGAUUCCCGAUCGGACCAAUAUAUAAAAUGCCAAGUAUUACAUGAAAUUGCUUAACUUCCGUAUUAUUGACCGAAUGUUUUAACCACUCCCUAUCGAGUUCAAUACGUAUGAAUUUUCAUUGCAUAUUGGUAUAUGGGUUUAUAUUUCAUAAUUAAUCAGCGUACAAGAGGACAAGAGGUUCUGAGAAUCAGCAGGUGUCUGCUAUUCCAGAGUCAUCUAAAGAAGUUAAAGUUUUAAUGAGUGAUAUGCGUGAAUGGGAUCGAAGACACACACGAAGCAUGGAACCUCCAGGACACCCACCAUCAUUGAGUUACUGCAUUCUACAAAGAAAAUUCCCCAAUUAA